AUGAGUCACUAUCAUGGAUUGAGCCACUUGGCGGCCGCUGGUAGGAUGUGCUCGUCGGCUGACGUGGCUGCUGCUGCCGCCGUGGCAUCAGCUCCUUGCUGGGAGAAGCUACUGACUGCUCCGUGGAUGCGAAACGGAGGAGGCGGCCAAUCCGUUCCAUCGCCAUCGCCAUCCCCGGCGGCAACGUCAGCGCCCGCGUCGGCGACGGCGGCGGCGGCGGCGGCGGGGGCGGCUCUCACGGCGGGUCAGGCCGCGCAGCAGCAGCGGCGGCGGAUGAUAAAGCUGCGAAUGGCGAGGCAGGCUGAGCGAGACCUGCUGGCGCGACUGCAGCGGGAAGGGGAGCGACAGCGAGGGCAACGCGGCCGGCCCACGGCAGGAGAAGCGGGGGAGGAGUUCUCGUUGAAGGAGGAAGAACUGAGGGCGUUUGCGCUACAGCCUGCUACAACUGCUGCUGCUGCUGCUACUGCUGCUGCUGCCACUACCGCUGCUACAACCGGCCAAGGAGUCGAUACAAUGACGGCGCAGGCGCAGGCGCAGGCGCUGCCAGCGCCGCAGCAACUGCCUCUGUCAGGCUCUACUACCGCCAAGGCCAGUGCGUAUCACCUCACGGGCUUGCCGCGCCACAUGGUUUUUCAAACCCUGGGCCGCACCGGUGGAUCCCGGGGCCGUGUGGGCAGAGGCGACGGGGCCAGUGGCGGAGGCGGAGGAGGUGGCGGCGGUGGGGGCCUGCAGCGAUGGUCAUCGCUGCCUGCUGGGCGAACGAGCUUGACGGCAGAAUUGCUGGAGAUGGCGCAAAUGGCGCAACUGGCACAAAUGGCUCAUAUGGGGAAGAUGCCAGAGAUGACGCAGAUGACGCAGAUGACACAUAUGGCACAGGCAAUGGCUUCUCCGAAUUACCCUCAUGGUGCUGGUAACCGCAAUACGGUCCCAGUUCCUCCAGCUCUCGUGCUGCCUAGCGAUCUGCUCGCAUCGCGGCGCACGCUCAGUCUGCCGCCCGACUCGCUGCAGGCAGCCUUGCGGGCGGCGCGGGCGGGCAAGGAGGGGGACGACAGCGCGAUGCUGUCCCGGGCAUUGCUGUCACCUGCAAAGAAGCAGCGCGGCUCCGGCUCUCCCUCCUCCGGUGGAACGGACCUUGCUGCCCGCUGCUCUCCCUCCUCCGCCGCCGCUGCCGCCGCCGCCACCACUGCUGCUGCUACCGCUGCUGCUGUUGCCAGCGACGGCCCGACGGGCCUCAGCAAGAAGACGAGGCGGCGGCGGCAGCACUCGCUGCUGGGAGAACUGGCAGCUGCUGCUAUGGCUGCAGGCAUCGGGACUGGCUUCCUGGCAAACCACAUUUUCCCUCCUACGCCCUCUCUCCCCUCUGCCACCAUCCAAGCCCGGCACAACCUCACCCACACCCUCAACCACACCCACACCCUCAACCUCACCCCCACCCUCAACCUCACCCCCACCCUCAACCUCACCCCCACCCUCAACCACACCCCCACCCUCAACCUCACCCCCACCCUCAACCUCACCCACACCUGA